AUGGUUAGCACAGAGCCUCUUGGUGACGACCUAGAUGAUGGGUUGGUAUAUGAUGUUGAUGAUGGCAUCGAUGAUAGUGCUGUAGUCAGUCUUUCGGAUGAGGAAUCUAAAAAGAGAACGCUCGAUGAAGAAUCCAGUGAAAAGAGUGAACCUACUCCAAUAUCAACAAGUAAAAGGCAAAAGAAGCUACAAAAAUCUAACUUGCAUCAGAAAAAAUUGGAAAAGAUUGAAUAUGAUAGGCAACAGAAGGCAAACAUUCCAAGAAGUUCAACAGAUGUGAUCUCGGAAUACUUUGCCACGUUAAUACGUGAAAAAAAUCCUGAUUUGAGCGCCCUUGAACUUGAUGAGAUGUACCUAAGAAAAACAGAUUUCAUCUCUACUGAAAAGUAUGAGAAAGAGCGCACCGUUGAGAAUUUCCAGAAUUUUAUCGAUUCAUUUUCAAAAUCACCCCGCGCUAUAAUAUUAUGCCAAUCCAAUAUGCGUGUUGCUGAUGUGUUUCGCAACCUAGGAGGUGCAAAGAACGCUGUUAAGCUCUUCUCGAAAAGUAAGCUCAAAGAUGACCUAAGCAAGCUCGACUACCUUCUAGGUAAUAGCGGCAGCAAUUCGAAAGGGCGUGAAAAGAACAAGAAACAAGCAGAUAAACAAAUUAAAUAUCUGAUUUCAACCCCAAACCGAAUGUCAAAAAUUCUGCAGUCCACUGAUAUUUUGUUUCAAGGAAAAGAAAAGCUUGAUAUUUUUCUAGACGCCACUUACUUGGAUCCUAAGGCAAAUACUAUCUUAACCGGCGAAGACAAUGCGGCACUACAAAAAGUAUUGAAGGAGUUUCUCAUCAAAAAGAGCUCUGUAAAAAUUCUAUUAUUUUAA